GAGUUGCUUUCCGACACUGUAACCCCAAUGGAACUUGGGAUUUUAUGCACAGUUUAAAUAAAACAUGGGCUAAUUAUUCAGACUGCCUUCGCUUUCUGCAGCCAGAUACCAGCAUAGGAAAGAGAGAAUUCUUCGAGCGCCUCCGUGUCAUGUACACCGUUGGAUACUCUGUCUCCUUCGGCUCCCUGGCUGUGGCUGUGCUCAUCAUCGGCUACUUCAGACGACUGCAUUGCACUAGGAACUAUAUCCACAUGCACUUGUUUGUGUCUUUCAUGCUGAGAGCUGCCAGCAUCUUUGUCAAGGACAGAGUGGCCCACACUCACCUGGGUGCAGAGGGGCUGCGGUCCCUGAUGACGCAGGCUGACCCACGAGCUUCCAUAGGAGCGCCUUCUUUGGACAAAUCACAAUACGUUGGGUGCAAGAUUGCUGUUGUGAUGUUUAUUUACUUCUUGGCUACAAACUACUAUUGGAUCUUGGUGGAAGGUCUCUACCUGCAUAGUCUGAUCUUCGUGGCGUUCUUUUCAGACACCAAAUACCUGUGGGGCUUCACCUUGAUAGGCUGGGGGUUCCCAGCGGUGUUUGUUGCAGCCUGGGCUGUGGCACGGGCAACUCUGGCUGAUGCGAGAUGCUGGGAACUUAGUGCUGGAGACGUCAAGUGGAUUUAUCAGGCCCCAAUCUUAGCAGCUAUCGGGCUGAAUUUUAUUCUGUUUCUGAAUACGGUUAGAGUUCUGGCCACCAAAAUCUGGGAGACCAAUGCGGUCGGUCAUGACACGAGAAAGCAAUACAGGAAACUCGCCAAGUCGACGCUGGUCCUGGUGCUGGUCUUCGGGGUGCACUACAUCGUGUUCGUGUGCCUGCCUCACUCCUUCGCGGGGCGUGGGUGGGAGAUCCGGAUGCACUGUGAGCUCUUCUUCAACUCCUUUCAGGGCUUCUUCGUGUCCAUCAUCUACUGCUACUGCAACGGAGAGGUUCAGUCUGAAGUGAAGAAGUCGUGGAGUCGGUGGAAUCUCUCUGUGGCCUGGGAAAGGAGGCCUCUGUGCAGUGGCCACAGGUGCGGCUCUGUGCUCACCACUGUGACCCCCAGCACCAGCAGCCAGUCGCAGGUGGGGGCCAGUGCCCACAUGGUGCUCCUCUCAGGCAGAGGGAGCAGGAUGGCCUGCAGACAGCCCAACAGCCGCGUGACUUUACCUGGCUAUGUCUGGAGUGGCUCAGAGCAGGACUGCCUGCCACACUUGAUCCAAGAGGAUACCAGGGAAGGCAGCGGGAGGCAGGCAGACGAGACCGCAAUGGAGGAGUCUUCCAGGCCAUUGGAAUUUAACCCAGACACUGGAGAAAGCAAAGGAGAAAUGGAGGAUGUUCUCUGAAUUAGCAUCUGCGGCUUUAAAAAGCUGGUCCAUCUGGUCCGGUGGUUGUGAGAGAAGCUUAGCUGGCAUUUCUCUGCUUGAUCCCCAGAGCUGGACAUUCGGGGUGGAGAGUUACUUCACAGAGGUUUUCGGGCUCCGUGAAUUGGCUCCUGUAAAUACUAAAGGCACAGAAGGAGAAGCGUCAGUGGAGUAGUUUAUUACCUUAUUUUGGCAUCAAAUUCUCUUCUAAAUUGAUGUGUGGUACUUGCUCUGUGUUCAAUUUCUGCUACUUUUGGGUAGAAAACAUUUCAAUUGCUUGGCUCUAGUUUUCUCUCAUAAAUAUCUCUCUAAGUAUGAUAGGUAUCACUUAGUAUGUGUCAUUUUCCUUUUAAGAAAUUAGCAUUCUCUUUCUUACUUUAAUGCCUCAUUUUGCCUGUUCAUAGGAGCAGGUAGAGUCUGAAAAUGUACGUUGAAAGAUUAAAGAUCUAAGAGCAAGCGCACAUUGGAAAAUAAGUUGGUUGGACUUUGAUAAAAUAAUAAAUUUGUGACAAACAUGUUUCUUUCUAGAAACGAGGAAAAUUACUCAAAAAAGAAUGUCACCCAUAUUCGUCCUCUUGAAUGUCCCCUCUGUGACCAGCAAAUCUCAGGUCUUCACUGCUUUGUAAGCUUUGACUAGUCACGGUUUUUCUUGGUCAGUGAGCUUGUGUCUGCAAACUGAUUUUGUUUGUAAUCAUUUAUGUGGAUGGUAAAUCACACUGCACCUGUGGCUUUUCCUUCUUUGUUCUGUUACUGUAUUCCAAAUGGCAUG